AUGCUGCCCGUCCUCGUCGCCGUCCUCGCCCUGGCGCUGGCCCGGGCGGCCGUGCUGCCCACCUGCGCCCCGCUCGUCCCCGCCGAGCUGGACAACGAGACCCUCACCGGGCUCCUGGGCAAGUGGAUCUACCUCAUGGGCUCCUCCAAGUACCCGCCGCACCUGGAGGAGCUGCGCGCCGUGAAGCACGCCACCUUCUUCUUCCACCCCGGCAGCCACCCGGACGAGCUCAACGUCACGGAGAUCAUGCGAGUGAACGAGACGUGCGUCACGAGGAACAGCAGCACCAUCCAGGUCUUCCGGCAGAACCACACGCUGAUGCACGUGGACGGCCAGGUGACCGCCAUGGCCCACCUCAUCAAGAGCAGCAAGGACCUGCUCAUCCUGAGGCACGUCAACAACGGCUACCCCGGCCUCAGCCUCUCGGCGCGCUCGCCCAACGUGAGCAAGGAGCAGCUGGAGGAGUUCAGGGCGCAGCUCGCGUGCCACCAGUUCGCCGACGACGAAAUAUUCCUCUCUUCYGAAAAGGACGCCUGUCCUGAGCCCGGGGAGCAGCCAGGCGAAGAGGAGGCAACACAGGCACCGCAGACGGCCUAGGAGGGAAUUCGUGUGCAUCGGCCUCCUCCUCCUCCUCCUCCCGCCACCACGGCCGGCGCCGCCAGCACGCUGCGCCGCAUCCCCCCCACACACUCCCAGGACUUGCCGGCCGGCACGUUGGGGGUUAUGGUUAUUACUCCUUUCUUGAGGCGCACAGAGCACCUUUCCUGGCAAAACCCACUGUUUUCCUGCU